AUGGAUGAAAAAGACUCUAUAAUAAGUAGUAGUAGUAGUACCACCACCGGUACUACUAGUUCGGCAAUUAUAGAUCCAAUGGCCGGUUUAAACGGUAUUAAAAACUAUACUUUUAAAAACUGGGCUGGCAUCUUUAGUUGUAAACCACAAUUAUUUUUUCAACCAAGUAACAUAGAUGAAGUCACAAAAAUUAUCUUGAAUGCUUAUAAAGAGGGCAAAACCUUUACUGUCAUAGGUUCUGGUCAUUCUCCAAGCGAUCUGUGCUGUGCAAAUCCAAAUGGUUGGUUGGUAAAUCUAGAUAAAUUAAACAGGGUUCUAGAUUUCAAAGUGUAUGAUGGGGGCAAUUAUGCAGAUAUUACAGUAGAAGCAGGAUUAAGAGUUUAUAAGUUGAAUGAAAUAUUGGGUGCUAAAGGAUAUACUAUCCAAAAUUUAGGUUCAAUAUCUGAGCAAAGUGUUGCUGGUAUUACUGCAACAGGUACGCAUGGUUCUUCAGCUUUCCACGGAUUAGUAUCCUCUCAAUAUGUUAAUCUAACUAUUAUUAAUGGCAAAGGUGAACUAAUUUAUUUAGAUUCUGAAACCAAUCAAGAUGUUUUUAGAGCAGCUUUAUUGUCUUUGGGGAAAAUUGGCGUCAUUGUCAAAGCUACAAUUCGUGCUAUACCCAAAUAUAAAAUUAAAUCUACACAAGAAGUCAUCCAUUUUGAAACUUUGUUGGAGAAAUGGGAUGAUAUUUGGACCAGUAGUGAAUUUAUUAGGUGCUGGUGGUACCCCUACACUCGUAAAUGUGUUCUGUGGAGGGGUAAUAAAACUACCGAACAAGUUCAUGAAGUUACUCGUAAAUCAUGGUGGGGUACUAAAUUUGGCAGGAUUUUUUAUGAAUGUUUAUUAUGGAUUAGUGUUAAAAUUUAUCCAGGGAUAACCCCAUUUGUGGAAAGUUUUGUGUUUAAUAGACAAUAUGGUGCUGUAGAAACUUUUGGUAAUGGUGAUGUAGCUAUUCAAGAUUCUAUUGAUGGUUUAAAUAUGGAUUGUUUAUUUUCUCAAUUUGUUGAUGAAUGGGGGUGCCCAUUACUUAAUGGUCCUGAAGUUUUACGUUCUUUGGAUCAUUCCAUUCAACAAGCGGCUUCUAACAAGGAGUUUUAUGUACAUGUUCCUAUUGAAGUUCGUUGUUCUAAUACUACUCUCCCACCCCAUCAAUUGGAUUAUUCCCACAGAACUUCGACGUCCAAGGGUGCCGUUUAUGGUAAUAUUUUACGUCCUUAUUUAGAUGCUACUCCAAGAGAUUUACAAUAUGCUGAACAUGUCACCAAUAACCAAUUAACUUUAUAUAUUAAUGCUACUAUUUAUAGACCAUUUGGUGCCAAUACACCUAUUCAUAAAUGGUUUACCCUUUUUGAACAUACAAUGGGUGCUGCUGGUGGUAAACCACACUGGGCUAAAAAUUUCUUGGGCGAUGUUUCAAUGCUUCCAAAAGGUGUUAAACCAAAAGAGAAAUAUUUGGACUAUGAAAUGAGAGGUAUGGCCAGUGAAAUUAUCAAGUGGUAUGGUGAAGAUUUAAUCAAAUGGCAACAAAUUAGAAAACAACAAGAUCCAAAUGGUGUGUUUUUAGCCAAUAAAGAUUGGUGUAUUCGUAAUGGUAUUUUGGAAAUUUGA